UUUGAUGUUUUGCAUCAGGAACUUCCAGAAGGGAGCUGGUAUUGUGAGAACUGUAUUUGUAAAAUCUGCAACAACCUAGCAUGCAAGAAAGAGGAUUCAAGUACCUUGUCUGUAUUUGAAUGCUCACAAUGUGGACAUAAAUAUCAUGGAACAUGCUUCAUGGACAAAUUUGGUCAUUGCGAGGAUGCUGGAUCUAAUACCUGGUUAUGUGGAGAUAACUGUAAGAGGGUUUUUUUGGGAUUGCGAUCUCGUGUUGGGAUGCCAAAUAUUAUUGAGGAUGGAUUAUCAUGGACUAUUUUGCGAUGCAAUCAUGAUGAUCAAAAUGUUUAUUCAACACAAAAAAUUGCACUAAUGGCUGAGUGCAACUCAAAGUUAGCAAUAGCUUUGACUUUAAUGGAAGAAUGCUUUGUUCCAAUGGUGGAUCCUAGAACUGGCAUUGACAUCGUACCACAUGUCUUAUACAAUUGGGGGUCCAGAUUUGCUCGUCUAAAUUAUCAAGGAUUUUAUUCUGUUAUUCUAGAGAAGGAUGAUACACUUAUCUCUGUGGCAUCAAUAAGGGUGCAUGGCAUAAAAGUAGCAGAAAUGCCUUUCAUCGCAACAUGUGGUCUUCAACGUCGUCAAGGAAUGUGCAGGCGUCUUAUGAAUGCAAUUGAAACGAUGUUAAGAUCUUUCAAGGUUGAGAUGAUUGUUCUCUCAGCAAUUCCCAGCUUGGUUGAAACUUGGAUGGCUGGAUUUGGUUUCAAUUGUAUUGACGCUGAAGAGAAAAAACUUUUAGAUGACAUUAACUUGAUGUUGUUUCCUGGAACAGUUCUGCUGAAAAAGAAACUAUAUGUUGCUUCAAUAGAAACAGGGGGAAAUGAUCAAUUUUGUUCAACACAAGAUGAAUCUCAUAUUUUGGUGGGUUUUGAUGGAAAGAAACAUGUGGAAGCAAGUCAAUGGCCUUCUGAAGAUGGUGGAUUCGAAUUGGAUCUAUAAUCCAUUCUCUCAACUUCAUCAAAUCUUGAACAACAGGAUCACUGUCUGCGCAAAAGUUUAAUAAUACCUUCCCGUAAACCCUAUUCCAACAGCUAAUUAAGGCUACGAGGCGGGCUGAUUUUUCCCUUGCUACAUACUGAAAUAUAGAUGACUGAUCCAGUUGGCUUCAGAAGUGAAACGUGGUUUUGCUGAUAUGCAUCUGAUAUCAGGUCAAUGACCCAGGAACAUUUAACGCUUAAAAUCUUCCUGAACUGCUUAUCUGAAAUCUUUUGAUGAUCCUUUACAAAGCCGUAGCAUUCUCAAUUAAAUCAAGAUUUCUUUUGCUAGUGUUGAUGCUGUUAUGAUGUUUGAAGAUGAAACCCUGAGGUAGUUUUAUGUGCUUUUAUUCCGUGAAAAGCUGCAAUGAGCUGAGUGAUAUUUUGUGGGCGUAGAAUUAUAGUACUCUGAUAGAAAAAAGGCUACGGUAUCAGUUUUCCAAGAGUACGACAUGAAAACCUUGAUGCGAUUAUCUAAGUUGGAGUGAACUCUAGCGGUGGCCAGUUCUAUUAUGUUACUAUAAUUAACAAAAAGAUUCCAGCAGAUAAAAAAAUUUCCGGAGGUAUAUUUGUGAAAUUCUAAUUAUGCUUUAAUGGAGGAGGUGCAUUUCUCUUCUGUGGUUAAAAAAAUCAGUUGAUUAGUGAUCAACCAUCUGGGGUUUCCUGCAUUGUCCAUAUGGAAAUUUCCGAAGUAGUUGAACUAUCGAAGCUUUCAAAUAGUUGCUUCGAGACCUAAUCUUACUAUUUACUUUACAACGCUUGAUCAAAUAGAAUGUUAAUCUUCAGCUGCCGGAAAUAUUUGAGAACAAAAAUCAAUUCAGUGCCAGCUAUCAACUUUAGCUUCUGACAUUCACAUGGUUCUGAUGACUUCGUGAUUCCAUUAAUUGUAGCAAAUUCAUUCAAUUCUUUUGAAGGAAACUAUAUAGAGUGCAUAACUGUUAAUUUUGUUUUCCAUCAUUAAGGUAGCCUGUAUAAGUUACUUUUCUGAUAAUGGCGUUCUGCGAAUGUUUACUUGAUUAAAUUUUUGCACUGCUUUGUUUGGGUACUGCGGUGGCUGUUGAUUGAAAACAAUUUUUGUUUCGAACA